AUGGCAGAAAAAUACGGAAACCCAAACUAUCUCAAAUACAUGAACUUUAACCAGGACUACACUUGUGUUUCUGUGGGAUUCGAAAAGAGCUACAAGCUGUUCAAUUGCGAGCCAUUCGGGGAAUGCUUUAGCAAGAACGAUGAUGGCGGGGCAGGUAUUGCCGAGAUGUUGUUUGCUACGUCGUUGGUAGCGAUUGUGGGGUUGGGGGAUAAACCAGCGACUUCUCCCAGAAAGCUCAAAAUCAUCAACACGAAGCGAAAAUCUGUCAUCUGUGAAUUGGUGUUUCCGUCUUUGAUACUUUCGGUGAGACUGAACAGAAAAAGACUGGUUGUUUUCGUCCAAGACCAGAUAUACAUCUACGAUGUCUCAUGUAUGAAAUUGUUACAUACGAUAGAGAUAUCGCCUCACAAGCUUGCAAUUGGUGAUCUAAGCUCAAGCGAUGAGUCGAUCCUGGCGUUUCCAUCACCCGGGGAGAAUCUCGCCGUGCCUCCAAGACAGGAAGAGGAGGAUCUCGAAUCUGAUCAUAUUGGAAACUCUUCUUUCUCCGAAGGAGAUAAGUCAAAAAGACCUCGUCAGGGCUCGGAGCACAUUACAGGAAACAACGGAACCGUCGUGUUGUUUGACGCUUUGAACUUGCAGCCUCUGGAAGUGAUACAGGCCCACAAGUCUCCAAUACAGAAGCUGACUUUAUCGAAGGACGGAACGUUAUUAGCCACUGCAUCGGCCAAGGGCACCAUUAUAAGGGUGUUCAGGGUGAGUGAUGGAAGAAGAUUAUAUGAAUUCAGACGGGGAACCUACAAUGCUGUGAUAUCAGGCCUGAGUUUUAACUUGGAAAACACAAUACUGACCUGUUGUUCGUUAACAGGAACGAUUCACUUCUUCAAGUUAGAUGAAGGCAGCUCUUCCACUUUAGCUGAUGCAGACAGAGAAUAUGAUCUCAAAAGCUAUUCCAGCGAUAGCAAUGUGGAAGACGAUAUGGACGAGGACAGAACAGACUCUUCAGUCCCGGAUUUGGAAAACAACGAUGGCGACGAGCCUACUAAGCGAAAAAACUCGAAGACCAACUAUUACGAUAGUCUGAAGGAACUGGGCAAAAAAUCGGGAUUUAAAGAUAUGCUGUGGUCGAGCAUUAGCAAGAACGUUAGGGGAAAGGUUAACGAUUACCUUCCCUCUAAAGUGACGUCAAUGUUGGAGCCGAAACGCGAUUUUGCAUUUAUCAAACUACCACACGCAAUUGGAGAGAAUGCAACAACUGAGCGGUCUUCCAAUGUGGAGGAAGUUUUAAGAAUGGGAUCAAGCCAUUCCAUAGCCUCUAUUGCUGCUAUCAAUACCCCAGACUCUACAGUGAUGGUGGUGACAGCAGACGGCAACUUCUACGUUUACACCUUACCUGGGUUUGAUAAGGGAGGUGCAUGCAUUUUGGUGAAGCAGUACAAGCUUUAUGAAGAGUAA